AUGAGAAAAACGCGAUGAGGAUUAUUGAGCAAUCAAUAAUUAUUAUUUCAGAUUAUAACUGACUUAGCAAAGUCAUGUUAUUUAUUAAGUGCAAUAGAAAUAUUAUUUCUAUUAUUUACUUGAAGUCGUGAUUAAUUUUCGACUUAUAAAACGAGUUAUAUAAUAUGUAAUUCGUAGAGAGUUAUAACGAAGCUUCGUUAUAUGGGAACCCGAAAUUAGUAUUACAAAUACAGAAUGAGGAUUUUAUAAUAAUUACAUCACAACUUUACAACUUAUUAUUCCCUACAUCCCUAUUUCAUACCUACUUCAUCAAGAAGGCAAACCAAACGUGUACUAGGUGUGUGCAGAAUAGCUUUACAGCAAUUUUACCACCUAGAGAGUUUUUUUUUAAGCCACCCUACGACAGCACCAUCCACUCCACCAAACUUCCCACCACUCUUUGCUCCCCACCAUCUUCAAUUCUUUAAGACUACUAGUUCCUUCAACCACCAAAGGGAGGAGAAUUCAAUUACUGCUGCCAAACUUCGAACAGGUAAGGUUUGGUUUAAGUUUUUCCACCAGUCCAUUCUUGAUUCCUCUGCAUAUGUCAAUAAGCAUCUGAAAAUUUCAGCUAUCUCCUCAUUGAAUUCAAUAGCAACAAACAGCCACCAACACCAAGCAUAGCAGGUAUAUACUUAGCUCAGCUCCAGUUCAUACAUCAUAUCAUCAAGCAUAUGUUUAAAAAGGAAAUACAUAGUAUACAGGUGUGUAUAUAUAUGCACACAGGGACUUAGCAAUCGAAAUCAGUUUAUGCUAUAUUUUCUUAUCACACGAGGCAAGCAAGGAAAAUUCUUGAUACAUUAGUAAACCACGAACUUAGUUUUAUCUCUUGCAUAAUACAGAAAUCAGUAUAUAUUUUCUUCACUUAAGAUAAAGGCAAUGAGAAAACUCUCAUAAAUCAGUAGCAAAAACCAAGACUCCACAUAGACUUAAGUAUUGAACUUAGCUGUAGAAGGGCUGACUGCCCGACGGGGACGGGGACGACGACGACGGUCGGGACAGGGCGAACUCGUCCAACCUCAUCAGAGCCCCGAACAGCAGCUGCCCGGCGACGAGCUGAGACUCGUGCGCAGCAGCAGCGGUCGCUCGACAGUUGCGUUUUUCCCUUUUUCUGAGAACUAGGGCCCAACGACGGAAGGAGCGGUGGUGGCUGGGGCUGCUAUCGCCGGAUUUACAAAACGCCGCGGCGCUGAGCGGGGAGAGAGGGAGAGGCGGUUCAAAAUCGGAGAGGAAAUUAGGGCUUCUGCUGCCCCUUCAUUGGGUUGAGAAGAACAGCCGACGCAGCCACGAACGAGACGCAACCGCUCUGUUCGACCGGUACCGAGCCCGAGCAGCAGCAACUCUAGUCGGCGAUGGCUCCAGAAGACAGCAGCCGUCGGAUUUCAGAAGGGGAGAGAGAGACGGCCACGACCGGCGCCGACCGCUCGCCGGAUUCCAUACGGAGGUGCGGCAGCUGCGAUUUACCAGGAGAAGUUAGGGCUUGAUUUUGAACUCUGCGUGCAGAUUGAGGAAGAGAGAUGACGUCGCCGGUCGAAGCCAACCGAAGCAGAUGACGGCUGGAGUCUCGGCGGCGGACGCCUCGUGUGAAGGCGAGUCGAGAGUGAGAGGGAGAAGAGGCGUGCGGCUGGUUUGAGAGAGGGGAGUGUCGGCUGUGAUUGAGGUAAAGGAGAGAUGGGAGAGAGAGAAGGACCGAGAGUCUAAAGAGAGAGAGUUUGGGCUGCAAUUCUUUUCUUUUGGGCCGAAUUCUUUUAAGCUUGGGCCUUAUUCUUUAUUUUGCUGAUGGGCUCUAAUUGUUUAAAGAAUUUGGGCUUAUUCCUUUUUAAAAUUUUGGGCUGAGAAUUGUUUUAAUGGUUUUGGGCUUCCAUAUAAUAAUUUCGAACUGGGCCGAAUUAAAUCAUCUGGGCCGUGUUAUUUCUUUAUGUUGGGCCGAGUCUUGGGCCGAUUUUUAAUAAAAGAUUGGGCUUUCAUUUAAAUUCGAACUGGGCCAGUCUUUUAUUUAAUUGGCCCUUCUUAUUAAUCCUAUUGGGCUCGAUUUAAUUAAGGAGUUGGGCUGAUGCAUAUUUUAUGAUGGGCUAUUAUUCUAGUCCCAUUUAUAUUUCGUUGGGCCAAUUUAAUUCAUCAUUUUGGCCGAUUAAAUUGCCUUUUUGGGCUAAGAUUAAUUCUUUUCAAUCCACAUUAAUUAUUAUUUGGACCCCUAUUUUAAUUAUUUUGGGUCGAAGACUUUUUAAGUUGGGCUUUAAUUCUUUUAAAGCUUGAGCUGAAGUUACUCCUUUGGCUAAGCCUAGCAGUAUCAAAUUUUGAUGGAGCCCAAUUAUUUAUCAGUGGGUGAGCCGAUUCGUAUUCAGUAAAUGAGCCGCCUAGUUUAUUAAAUAUUGUUUUUGGACUUCAGAAUUUAAAGCAAGCCAUUACUGUUUAUUUCAUUAGCCACUGUUUUAUUUAAUUAAUUGGCUACUCUCUUUUGAGCCUAUUAAUUAUUUGAGGCUACAUUAGUAAUGAUAUUUCUAUCGAAAAGCCCGAUAAUUUCUACAAGGUCACACCUCGAUUGAAGCCGAGUUAGUUCUUUUAUUUUGAUCAAAUACAAGGCGGGAUUUAUUUUACAAUGAGAAUUUUCCGAUGGGAAAAGAAGGAUCACAACUUUAUUCGAACACGCUAGACGAGAAUUAGCUAAAUCUAUUAACGAGGAUUAAUAGUAGAAUUUCCGACUAUCGCUCAGAAGAUUAGUUCAUGCAUACAAGAUUCAUGCAUAGUUACAAUUACGCUUUCCCAUUAAUUAAGAAUUUUCCUCGAGGCAAUGUCUUAUUUUAUAUUCUCGUGAUUAAGGUCAAGCACGAGAGUAAGAACUAUUCAAGGAGUCACAGUACCUUAGCAAAACUUUGCUAUCAGGUUGAGCUGUGAUGGGCGAUGAAGUGUUGUUGCUGAGUGGAGUUUUUGUCGAACUUAAAGUAGGCUCAGAAAGGAUACAUGUCUUCAUACAUGUAUCUCAGUUAUGCUUUCCGCUGUAAACACUGAUUAUUUCAGUUACGCCUUCCGUUGCAAACUCUGAUAAUGUUUUAGCCAAGCCCUAACGAUGCCUUUUUCCUUUUAAGGAAUAUAACGCGUAUACAAGUUCUUUGAGUACCCUUUUUAUGCGAACUAUGCCUUUUUCCUUUUUAAGGAAUAUUUCACGCGUAUCCAAGCUCUUUGAGUAUUCUUUUAUGCACCCCUUUCUAAACCCGCUUCGUAAUUUCCCUUCCCCAGUCAUGGUUUUCCCGGAUUAAUUAUCCUUAAUUAAGGCCGGUCGUGACAGAGUGGUAUCAGAGCAGAUCGUUUGCUCUGAGCCUAAGAGUUUAUUUAAGCCAAACUUAGAAUGGAUCACUAAAGUGUCUAGAGUUCAAUCGACAAAGCUCAGCACUUCAUCGUAUCACACUCAACGAAGCAGAAUGGUAUGCUCUUCCAAGUUUUGAGUUAAUGUUUACAAAAAGUGAAAAUUAUCGUAAUAGCAAAGUGAGUAACUGUUAAUAACUAUGUUAUGUUGUUAUUGAAUGAAAUGAUUUACGCAAGCGCGAUUAAGUAUGCCUAUGGAAUGAAUCCCUAUGAACAUAGAGCUAUUAAGAUAUGAGAUCACCACUACGACAGAACAUAGAAGCAAACAUAGAAAAAAAUUAGAUUGUAUCUUUUGGUGGCUAUAGUGAAGGAAGCAAGAUAAGUGAUACGUAUAGAAAAAAAAAAUUUCUUAAGCUGAUGAUAUUAUAGCCACUAUAAAUCUCCAUGACUUAUGCUUAAGUAUCCAGUUUAGAUGAUGUGAUAAUAUAUGCUUAAGGAUUGUUAUGACUCAUAGAUUUGAGAUGCUAAGGACCCUUAAAGCUUACUACAUCAAUGAUCAAUGAUGUCAUUGGAGUCAUGACUUGUUUACAAGUUAUAUUAAGUUGACAUUUACAAGAAUUCUUAUGAGGCUUGUAUUAGAUUAUGCUAGAGUGUACUAAUUGGCACAUUUUUGCUACCAGAAUGCCGCCUAAGAGAGGACGCCCUGUGAGAAACAAUAACAAUCGCAGAAAUCGUAACGCUGUACCCGAAGAACCACAAGAUACUCGAGGACAUAACCCAUCCCCUCCGCCCCCAACUAGGAGAGUCGAAGAACUCUUUUUAAGGCAAAAUCCACCUACGUUUGACGGAACGAGUGAACCGGCUGAAGCUGAGAUUUAGGUGCGUGCAAUGGAACGCAUUUUCAACUUUCUGCGUUGUACUGAUGAGGAGCGCCUAUCUUGCGUCUCUUUCCAACUAACAGGAUCGGCUGACUUCUGGUGGGAAGCACGACGAAAAAUUCUGACACUAGAACAAUGGGCAAGUUAUACUUGGGAAGAUUUUAAGACAGGAUUAUAUGAUAAAUAUAUUCCGAAAAGCUAUAGGAAGAAGAAAGAAGCUGAGUUCUACGAGUUAAAGCAAGGAAAGAAAUCUGUGGUUGAAUACGAUAAGGAAUUCUGCAACCUGUCGAGGUUUGCUCCACAACAAGUGGACACAGAGGAGAAGAUGGCAGAUAAAUUUUGUGCCGGACUGCGGUACGAAAUAAAGAUGGCUCUAGCAAGCCACGGAGGACUCUCAUACACGGAGUCUCUGAACAGGGCACUUGACAUUGAAGCUGCAAUGCCGUCAGACAAGUCAGCCCCACCAUUGAUCUCAACGCCAAACGACUUACCAGGAGCCUCACAUACUCUCAAAGGGAAGCGCAAGUGGGACAACAAUGAAGACAAUAUCAAUCCGAUUAAUAAGCAAGUAUGGCAAGAAUAUGAAAGGGCCGAACAGUUUAUUCAACCAAGGCACGAGGCACAGACUAACCUCGAGUCAACUAGGGGUAGCCAAAGUCAGAAAGGAAUUUCACCUUGCCCAAAUUGCGGUAAGAUGCAUAGGGGUAUCUGUCGGGCUGGAACUAAAGAUUGUUACAAUUGUGGCCAAAAAGGUCACUACUCCACGCAAUGCCCCAACAGACAACGAGGUUCAGCAAUUGGGAACACCCGCACCCUCUUGCCAGCAAUACGUGGACACUUGCGAAAUCAGCCUAAAUCACAUCAGUGAAAAUCUUAUGGAGACACCGCAAAUAAGAGAAGCUACGUGGAAAUUUGAAGACAAGAUGAAGGAAAAAUACCCAGAACUAUUUUAGCAGAGAUAUGCAAAUUUCGGGACGAAAUUUUUGUUAAGAGGGGUAGUAUGUAAUGACCCGCAUUUUUAUUUUUAUUUAAUAUGGUAUCGCGAUAGUUAAUAUCGCAUCUUUCAGUAAAUGAA